UGUGUUAACGUAAAUGUCAAAGAAUUAAGACGUUUUUACAUUAUUACAACUGAAAAUGUCUGAAGAAAUCAACUGCACAUAUGCUUUCAAAAAGCUACCAACGUUUUUGGUAAAGAAGAAUAAUUUGAAACCAGUGACAAGUGUAGGAUUACUGAAAAGAGAUGUAUUUAGAGAAGACCUACUGUAUGAAUCAAAAAGCGGGGAUUUCCUGAAAUUGGACACACCACUCACUUUAGUCAAUAGGUUUAAUUUGAUCACUAAAAACAGUAUCACAGUGGCUCGCUACACAAAGACUGCUGUUGAAAAGACCUCGGAAAAUAUAACUCGCAUUAUAGGUCAAAACAAUUAUGAUACAGUAUUCUCGGCUCUGUGCUCUGUUAUUAACCAUGAAUUAAAAAUACGAGGAAUAUUGUCCCUGCUAACACUUCCUAAAAAGACAAAGACAGUUUCAUGUCAAACUGAAGAAAGACCAUAUACUUACUCUAAGUCUUUAGAAGAAAAAGAAACUCAGACCACACAAUUAAAUAUUAUAAAGAAUAAACCAGUUAAAAGAACAAAGCGGAAACAGUUUACACCAUAUGUUGUCACAGAAUCGCCCAAAAAGAAGAUAGCCAAAAAAGUUGUUGUCUAUCCAAAUCAUUUUAAUAAUUUGCAUACCAGAUCUGAAAUAGAUACAUGCAAUUCAAAUAAAAUUGAGACUCCAAUGGAACAAUUUAUUAAUCAUCCACUAUCAGACUUUGAUGACAACUCUAUGGAUAGCAAAUUCUCAAUAGGGACAGUUGGUAGUAUACCAGGUUUAUUGGAAAAACCAUUAUCUUUUUUAGAAAAUACUGUGGAUACAUUCACUGCUCCCGUCAAUGCAAACAAAUCAAUGUUUGAUCUGUCUAACAAUACUGAAUUAACUUUAUUAGAUGGCACAAAAUUGCGAUUACCAUUUAAGAUAGAAGAUGAAUUUCACAUAGCAACACCAGAUAUUAUGAAGUUGGUUUCUCUGGAGGAUCGACGGAAGCUCCUGUGGUAUCAAGCUUACAUCGAUUGGAAAAAUUGUUUGACUCACGAUGAGGAAGAUCAUUUACCCAUCCACAUGGCUGCAAUGAAUGGAGAUAUCGAUCUAUUGAGGAGACAGUGUUUUGUACUUAAGGCAAGGCAUGAGUCAGUGGACAUACCUACGAAGGAAAAUUUGUCGGCGCUUCAGAUAUCGAUAUUCAGCAAUAAUCCGCAAUGCACUUCAUUGUUGCUCCAACAUGGAGCCGACGUGUUGGUUACUGACGACGAGUAUCGUACGAGUUUCCACUUGGCCGCUGAAGCUGACCCUGGACAUUUGAAAGCAUUGAUUAAGCAUUGUCAAGAUAAUCCGAUACAAAUACUUCAAGAGAAUGAUGAAUUGUGGAAACCCGAAUUAGCUUCGAAGCCAAAGGAUUACUUGAUAAAGUAUUUGUUGAGAAAUGUCCUUAGUAUGUUCGAUAAUCAAGGUUAUACACCUCUUAUGUUGGCAAGUAAACUGGGUAAAUUUGAAAACGUGAGGAAUCUUAUAGACGCAUCCCUUGAAACUAUAGAUAUACAGAUGCCUAACAGUGGAAAUACAGCUUUGUACCUAGCAGUUGGCUCGGCGUACACAGACUCUGAGAAUCGUGGCAACAAAUCUGUUGUGACAGAUGACUUUAAGAAUACUAUAGAGUUGUUAGUUGAGCAUGGUGCAGAUCCGGCUAUAGAGAAUCACUCCAGUUCCAGCGUGAACACGCUCCUCACAGACAUGCGUAUCUCUGAAUUGUCUAUGAUCAUAGCCAAUAAGAUGGUAACAAAAAAUUGUAACGCUAUCGGAAUGGCUGAUGACUCUCAUUUGAAUAUUCGUAUGAUUAUAAAAGGUGAUGAUGGCAAAUUGGAUUAUAAAGAAAUGCCCCAAAAGAUGAUAAAAAGAGAAAAGAUCAAUAAGAAUAAUAAAGACAAACCUAUUAUAAUUCAGAAUGUUAAAAUAGAGAACAAUGAUAUGUUACUGAAACAAAUAAAUACUCCAACUUGUUCACCGGUCAAAGGCGAAAUUGAAAAAAAAUGUGAAAUUGUAAAAAAGGAUCUUGGUUCCGAUAAUAUUAAAAAAUCUCCUAUCUUAUCUGUUCAAGUUGAAGAUAAAGCGACACAUAAGAAAGAUUACAUAGAGUCCUUCAAAAAAUUUGUAAUAGGAGUAAAUAGUAAUAAAAUUGUAACACCUAUUACAGAUUCUGUUGGCACAUCUACUUCAAGUAAAUCUGCAACUACUAUGACCCAUGAUAAUGUUGAUAACUCAACAACUAAAUCAGCUAAUUUGUCUCAUAAUAUUAAAGGAAAUAUUCGAAACGUUAAGAAAUUGAAUGAAGGAGCAAAAAAGAGAGUUAUAAAAAUUAUCAGCAAAAAAAUUGAAAUAGGAAAUAGUAAUGUUAAUUCGCAGCACUCCGGAAUUAUAAAUAUUCUGUCUAGAAAAAGAACUAUGAGUAACUCCCCACUCACGAAUUCGAGUGAAGCAAAAAAUAAAAGAGGAAAUGAGGAGCCUAUAAAAAAAAUGUCCUGAUUUCUACAAUACCGAUUUGUUUUAGACGAUUUUUUAAUGCACACACGCAUAAAGAAUGGAAUAUUUAUUUUAUGGCCAUUUUAGGUUUGGUCCUGUUGAUUAUUGUACUAAGCGUUGAUCGCCAGAAAUGAAGACUUACUGAAAUAGCAAAUUUAAUUCAUUAAAUAUGGUAAAUGAAUAGCCUUUUUUUGCCAAAUCUCAUAUUUAAUAAGCUGCUUGCUUUUUACAGAUCUAUCAGUCGUAACUUUAUUUGAUGUUAUUGUAUAAUUAAUCUGUUCACUCCAUUAUUGUGUUUUAAUAGUAUUGCAUUAUUUUCGGUUGUAUGAAUUGUUUCUUCGUAUAUAUAUAUAAAAAUAUAUAUACUUCCUGCAAUGUAUUCGAUAUUCGAUUUCGAUUAUAUUCGAUUCAAUGUAUUCGAAAUUUGUAAUUUUUGCGUAUAAUAAUAGAUUAUUUUAUUAGAUAUAAAUUAAUAUUGAUGUGUUUAGUUUUCUUUGUAGCGUAUUUUUUUUUAAAUUGGUACGUUUAUAUUUAUAUAUGUGGUAUUUUUCAAUUACUUAGAAUAUUUUCUAUAGUAGUUAGGCGGUGAACAAACACAUAUUUACAUAAAACAACAUUGUAACACAAAAUGAGGCGUGUGAGAGAAUUUCAAUGCAAUCUUUUCUUUAUAUCUUUGUGUAUAAACUUUUGUGUUAAUUUUUAUACAGUAAGAUUUAUAUAAGUCUUAUCUAAUAUAGUACAAAAUGUAAAACUAUAAAGAAAUUAAAAUAAAAACAAUUAAAACAGAAAAACACGUAUUACAUUACAUUUAUUACUCGAAUUAAUUAUGAAAUUUGAUACUUAAUUUCAUUGCAUCUGCAAAAUUUAUGUGAACUUAAUAUUAGAUGCUAAUGGGACCGAUCCCACCAGUUCAUAGAC